CAGGGGGCGUCAACAUGGCGUUGAAGGCUCGACGUCGACCGCACUGACUGCAACCUGCAGACCGGAGAGAGAGACACUUGGUGAGGAGAGAGAGCAGCUACCAACCUCCGAGAUACACCUCCUUAUGACGCCGAGCACGGUGCGAGGAGGACCACGUCGUCUGUGAACGUUUGGCCGCUCCGAGUGCUGUCCCGCGCUGUGGAUGUGUUUGUCGCCGCCGCGGAGGCUCAGCUUGUAGGGCAGGUGCUCCGGAGACACCCGGCGGCCGCUCCUCUCCUCCUCCGGCUCCCGAGGGGACAUGUCGAGCGAGAAGCCGCUUUCGGCACCACCGGGCUCCACUUCCUCGCUCGCGGCCACGGACUCGCCGCCGCCGCCGCCGCCGGCCACCGGGGAGAGAAUGGUGUCCUCGGCCGGCUCUAUGGUCCUCCCGGCCGGCGUGAUCAACCCCGCCGUGCCGAUCAGGAAUAUCCAGAUGAAAUUCGCCGUGCUGGUGGGCCUCAUCCAGGUGGGCGAAGUGAGCAACCGGGACAUCGUGGAGACGGUUCUGAACCUGCUGGUGGGCGGUGAGUUCGACCUGGAGAUGAACUUCAUCAUCCAGGAGGCGGAGAGCAUCGGCUGCAUGGUGGAGCUGCUGUCCCACUGCGAGGUGACGUGCCAGGCAGAGAUUUGGAGCAUGUUCACCGCCAUCCUGCGCAAGAGCGUGCGCAACCUGCAGACCAGCACUGAGGUGGGCCUCAUCCAGCAGGUGCUGCUCAAGAUGAGCACCGUGGAUGACAUGAUCGCAGACCUGCUGGUGGACAUGUUGGGAGUCAUGGCCAGUUACAGCAUCACAGUCAAAGAGCUGAAGCUGCUCUUCAGCAUGCUGAGGGGCGACAACGGCAUCUGGCCGAGACACGCCAUCAAGUUGUUGUCGGUGUUGAACCAGAUGCCUCAGCGCCACGGCCCAGACACCUUCUUCAAUUUCCCAGGACGCAGUGCGGCGGCCAUCGCGUUGCCGCCAAUCGCCAAAUGGCCUUACCAGAACGGCUUCACCAUCAACACGUGGUUCCGACAGGAUCCGCUCAACAACAUCAACGUGGACAAAGACAAGCCGUACCUCUACUGUUUCCGCACCAGUAAAGGAAUCGGAUACUCGGCUCACUUUGUGGGGAACUGUCUCAUCGUGACCUCGCUCAAGUCCAAAGGAAAAGGCUUCCAGCACUGUGUCAAGUACGACUUCCAGCCACGCAAGUGGUAUAUGAUCAGCAUCGUUCACAUCUACAACCGCUGGAGGAAUUCCGAGAUCCGAUGUUACGUCAACGGUCAGCUGGUCUCCUACGGCGACAUGGCCUGGCACGUCAACACCAACGACAGCUACGACAAGUGUUUCCUGGGCUCCUCUGAGACGGCCGACGCCAACAGGGUGUUCUGCGGUCAGCUAGGCGCCAUCUACGUGUUCAGUGAGGCUCUCAAUCCUGCUCAGAUCUUCGCCAUUCACCAGCUAGGCCCCGGAUACAAGAGCACCUUCAAGUUCAAGUCCGAGAGCGACAUUCACCUGGCCGAGCACCACAAACAGGUGUUGUACGACGGCAAGCUGGCCAGCUCCAUCUCCUUCACGUACAACGCCAAGGCCACCGACGCUCAGCUGUGCCUGGAGUCCUCGCCGCGGGAGAACGCUUCCAUCUUUGUCCACUCGCCGCACGCACUCAUGCUGCAGGAUGUGAAGGCCAUCGUGACACACUCCAUCCACAGCGCCAUCCACUCCAUUGGUGGCAUCCAGGUUCUCUUCCCGCUCUUCGCCCAGCUGGACUACAAGCAGCUCAACGACAGCGCUGUCGACACCAGCGUGUGCGCCACGCUGCUGGCUUUCUUGGUGGAGCUGCUCAAGAGCUCGGUGGCCAUGCAGGAGCAGAUGCUGGGAGGCAAAGGUUUUCUGGUCAUCGGGUACCUCCUGGAGAAGUCGUCACGGGUCCACAUCACACGGGCCGUGCUGGAGCAGUUCUUGUCCUUCGCCAAGUACCUGGAUGGUUUGUCUCACGGGGCGCCACUCCUCAAACAGCUGUGUGACCAUGUCCUGUUCAACGCUGCCAUCUGGAUACACACACCCGCCAAGGUGCAGCUGUCUCUUUACACCUACCUGUCGUCAGAGUUCAUCGGCACGGCCACCAUUUACUCCACCAUCAGACGCGUGGGCACCGUGCUGCAGCUCAUGCACACGCUCAAGUACUACUACUGGGCCGUCAACCCCCUCGAGUGCAGCGGCAUCGCGCCCAAAGGACUCGAUGGACCCCGCCCAUCCCAAAAAGAGAUCAUCUCUCUGCGAGCCUUCAUGCUCCUCUUCCUCAAGCAGCUCAUACUCAAGGACCGGGGUGUGAAGGAGGACGAGCUGCAGAGCAUCCUCAACUACCUGUUGACCAUGCAUGAGGAUGAGAACAUCCAUGAUGUGCUGCAGCUGCUGGUGGCGCUCAUGUCAGAGCAUCCGGCAUCCAUGAUACCUGCCUUCGACCAGAGGAACGGAAUCAGGGUGAUCUGCAAGCUGCUGGCUUCCAAAAGUGAGAGUAUCCGAGUUCAGGCCCUCAAAGUACUUGGCUACUUCCUCAAGCACCUCGGUCACAAGAGGAAGGUGGAGAUCAUGCACACACACAGUCUGUUCACGCUUCUGGGCGAGAGGCUGAUGAUGCACACCAACACCGUCUCCAUCACCACCUACAACACUCUGUAUGAGAUUCUGACGGAGCAGGUGUGCACUCAGGUGGUCCACAAACCACACCCAGAGCCCGACUCCACCAUCAAGAUCCAAAAUCCCAUGAUUCUGAAGGUGGUGGCCACGCUACUGAAGAAUUCCUCCCCCAGUGCCGAGCUCAUGGAAGUGAGGCGACUCUUUCUUUCCGACAUGAUCAAACUCUUCAGCAACAGCCGGGAAAACCGCCGCUGUCUGCUGCAGUGCUCCGUGUGGCAGGACUGGAUGUUCUCGCUGGGCUACAUCAACCCAAAGAACCCUGAGGAGCAGAAGAUCACCGAGAUGGUCUACAACAUCUUCAGGAUCCUCCUCUACCACGCCAUCAAAUACGAGUGGGGGGGCUGGAGGGUUUGGGUGGACACACUGUCAAUCGCCCACUCCAAGGUGACAUACGAGGCCCACAAGGAGUACCUGGCUAAGAUGUAUGAGGAAUACCAGCGGCAGGAGGAGGAGAACAUGAAGAAAGGAAAGAAAGGUUCCGUGUCCACCAUCUCCGGCCUGUCAGCCUCACCUGCCCCCGUCGUCAACGGCAACCUAGAGAUGGAUGACACCUCCCAGACACAGACGCCUGAGAGCGAGGCGGAGUACAGCGAGGGUGCUGCCAGUGAUUCAAGGAACCUCCUUGCAGAGGGCGCCGUGAAGCGGCCCAACGGUGACGCCCUGUCACCCGUUGAAACAAGCAGCGGACCUGGCGUUAGGGUGGAGGUCCAUGACCUGCUGGUGGACAUCAAAGCUGAGAAGGUGGAGGCCACUGAGGUCAAGCUGGAUGACCUGGACUUGUCCCCUGAAGGCCUGGGCGGAGGUGGAGGGUGUGGCAUGGAGAAUGGACCUCUUGUGGAGGUGGACUCGCUCCUGGACAGCGCUUACUGCGCCGUGGUUCAGAACCUCAAUGGCAAUCUGGUGCCGAAAGAUGACACGGCCGGGUCAGGGGUCGGGUUGGGGUCAAGCUUGGGGCUUUCAGGGGUUACCCUGGUAGACGACGGGAACAUGGGACCCCUCAUCACGCUGGCUGACGAGAAGGACAGUGUCCCCAACAACAACGGAUUUCUUUUCAGCAAGGUCGAUGAGAAGCUGCUUCCGGCUCUGGCUGCCACCGACACCCUCGUACUGCCGAGUCCGGACCAGCCCGCCCCAUCCGGCACCAGUGCCAGCGACGACCUCAGCCUGCUGGCCCACAUGACCAGCUGCAGCUCCGACUUAACACAGGCCCACGGUGCCGGGGAGCUCCCCGAGGACGGACCCUUUAAGAUCCAGAGUCCACUAGCGGACAUCAGCUCCAUCGCCAAGGCCGAGAGCCAAGCCCAGAACCAAGGAGCCUCGCAGCCGGACUUCUCUGAGGGAGAAGGAACAUCUGGCACCGAGGGAGAGUCUGCAGGCCUGAAAGCGGGUGGAGACACCGCCAGUGUGACGUCUGACACAGAGAGGUCUGAUGACGGCAAGGACAAGGACACCAGGAAGAUCCAAACCACCGCAACCACACAGGCCCUACACGGUCGCAGCGCUGCACAGUUGGAGCGAGACCUGCGCGUGGAUCUCGGUUUCCGAGGCAUGCCCAUGACGGAAGAGCAGCGCAGGCAGUUCAGCCCUGGACCGCGGACCACCAUGUUCCGAAUCCCAGAAUUCAAGUGGUCCCCCAUGCACCAGAGGCUGCUCACGGACCUUCUGUUUGCACUGGAGACGGAUGUGCACAUGUGGCGGAGUCACUCUACCAAGUCCGUGAUGGACUUUGUCAACAGCAACGAGAACAUCAUCUUCGUGCACAACACCAUCCACCUCAUCUCUCAGAUGGUGGACAACAUCAUCAUCGCCUGCGGAGGCAUCCUGCCCCUCUUGUCUGCCGCCACCUCUCCGUCUAGUUCUAAGAGUAGUACCAGCAGUAGGGCAGGAGCAGCAGGACCCCAGAGGGGGUCAAAGGGCGAGGAGGUGACCCCUGUACCGGGGGGAGCAGGCAUGGGGGGAGAGACGGAGCUGGAGAACAUCGAGGCGACACAGGGUAUGUCCUCGGAGACGGCGGUCACCUUCCUGUCGCGCCUCAUGGCCAUGGUGGAUGUGCUGGUGUUUGCCAGCUCCCUCAACUUUAGCGAAAUCGAAGCGGAGAAGAACAUGUCGUCUGGCGGCCUCAUGAGGCAGUGCCUGCGCCUGGUGUGCUGUGUGGCGGUGAGGAACUGUCUGGAAUGCAGGCAGCGACAACGAGACCGCAACUGCAAGUCGUCUUUAAGCGGCAACAAGUCACAGGACAGCCUCCACAGCGCCUCGGCCGCCAGCAAGCAGGACCCAGACAGACUCCUGCAGGAUGUCGACAUCAACAGGCUUCGUGCGGUGGUUUUUAGAGACGUGGACGACAGCAAGCAGGCUCAGUUCCUGGCACUGGCCGUGGUCUACUUCAUCUCCGUGCUCAUGGUGUCCAAGUACCGGGACAUCCUGGAGCCCCAGCGAGAGAUCAGCAGGUCCACCAGCCUGUCAGGACGUAGCAUCCGCCACGAGAUCAACUCCCCGACCAGCACAGAACACCCGUCCUCUGCCUUCUCUGAUCGUGACAAGCAGACCCCCACGCCUGUGGAUGACUCCCCUCGCGCAGGCCUUCCGCACACAGACUCGGGUAUCGGGGAGGAGGGCCACGUGACCGGAUCUCUGAACGGCUCAGAGAUGGGCUUGGGCCUGGGACUAGGCUUGGGCCUGGUGGGACGAGAGACGGACAGGGACAGAGACACAGGCGGAGGGACGGAUCUGCUGUGUAGUCUGUCUGAUGUCAGGAGGUCACAGGAGAGCCUUCUGGACUCCCCCCACAACCCGGGCGGUGCCCCAAACAGCCAGGCUCCGCCUUCGUCUAUUUCCAGCAUUAGUCAGACCAAUAAAGGCAUCAAUGUCAAGGAGAUCCUAAAGAGCUUGGUGGCAGCCCCAGUGGACGGUGGAGACUCGGGACAGGAGUCUGGGCCGACGCCCUAUCACCCGGAUCCUGCCCUGAAGACCCACCCCAUGCUGCCCAUGCAGUUCCACUCCUUUGACAGGAGUGUUGUGGUUCCAGUCAAAAAGCCACCGCCUGGCUGCCUGUCUGUCAAUACUGUGGGCACGCCCACCACCGGCGGCGCCACCACAGCUGGCAGCACACCAAACAUCUUUGCUGCUGCCACGGCAACACCCAAGAGCAUGAUCAACACCACAGGUGCCGCAGACUCCGCCUCCUCCUCCUCAUCCUCCUCCUCGUCGUUUGUCAACGGCGCCACCAGCAAGAACCUGCCGGCCGUCCAGACGGUGGCUCCCAUGCCUGAAGACACCAUGGAGAACAUGAGUGCCUAUUGUGAGGUGGCGCAGUGUGCGUUGCGCAGCGGUCAGACGCCCCCUGAGCUCAAGUCUUUUAGCUCUCUGGCAGGCUUCCAGGCAGCCCCUCGAGAUGCAGGACAGUGUUUUAGCAUCACCACCAAGCUGGAGCGGGCCUUGGAGAAGGUGGCCCCGCUGCUGAGGGAGAUCUUUGUGGACUUCGCUCCCUUCCUGUCCAGGACGCUGCUGGGUAGUCAUGGGCAGGAGCUGCUCAUUGAAGGUACAGGUCUGGUGUGCAUGAAGUCCAGUACUUCGGUGGUGGAGCUCGUCAUGCUGCUCUGCUCUCAGGAGUGGCAGAAUUCCAUCCAGAAGAAUGCUGGCUUGGCUUUUAUUGAGCUCAUCAACGAAGGAAGACUUCUGUGUCAUGCCAUGAAGGAUCACAUCGUGCGCGUCGCCAACGAGGCCGAGUUCAUCCUAAACCGCCAGCGAGCAGAGGACGUACACAAACAUGCAGAGUUUGAGUCCAACUGUGCCCAGUAUGCCGCCGACCGCCGAGAAGAGGAGAAGAUGUGUGACCACCUGAUCAGCGCGGCAAAGCACAGAGAUCACGUGACCGCCAACCAGCUGAAACAGAAGAUCCUCAACAUCCUGACCAACAAGCACGGAGCCUGGGGGACCAUGUCGCAGAGCCAAUUACAUGACUUCUGGCGUCUGGACUACUGGGAGGACGACCUGAGGAGGAGGCGGAGAUUCGUGAGAAACGCCUUCGGCUCCACCCAUGCCGAUGUGGCACUCAAAGCUAUCGAGGACUACGGUACAGAGGAAGAGGAGGAGGGACCCAAGUCCAAGAAGAGCUUCCGCAGCCAAUCGGUGGUGGCGCAGAAUCCAGAGGCGGAGUUAAUGCUGGAGGGUGAUGAUGAUGCCGUCAGUCUCCUGCAGGAAAAAGAGAUCGACAACCUGGCCGUCCGUUUCCGACCACGACUUUUUACAUCUAGAGGUCCCGUAGUGCUGAGCACGCCGGCCCAGCUGGUGGCACCGGUCGUCGUGGCUCGUGGCACGUUGUCCAUCACUACCACUGAGAUCUACUUUGAGGUAGAUGAAGAUGACCCCGCCUUCAAGAAAGCUGAUGCUAAAGUUCUGGCCUACUCCGAGGGUCUUCAUGGCAAGUGGAUGUUCAGUGAAAUCCGAGCGGUCUUCUCCAGACGUUACCUGCUACACAACACAGGACUGGAGGUCUUCAUGGCCAACAGAACGUCGGUGAUGUUUAACUUCCCCGACCAGGCCACUGUGAAGAGGGUGGUCUACAGUCUACCGCGGGUCGGGGUGGGAACCAGCUAUGGUCUGCCUCAGGCACGGCGGAUCUCAUUAGCCACGCCCCGCCAGCUCUUCAAGUCGUCCAAUAUGACGCAGCGUUGGCAGCGCAGGGAGAUCUCCAACUUUGAAUACCUUAUGUUCCUCAACACCAUUGCAGGGAGGACCUACAAUGAUCUGAACCAGUACCCCAUCUUCCCUUGGGUACUGACCAACUACGACUCGGAGGAGCUUGAUCUCACAUUGCCUGGGAACUUCCGAGACCUUUCCAAGCCAAUCGGAGCCCUGAAUCCCAAGCGAGCUGCCUUUUACGCCGAGCGUUAUGAGACAUGGGACGACGACAACACGCCUCCUGACCACUACACCACUCUUUACUCCACGGCGCACUCCACCCUCAUGUGGAUGCUCAGAAUAGAGCCCUUCACUACCUUCUUUCUCAACGCCAAUGAUGGCAAGUUUGACCAUCCAGACCGAUCCUUCUCUGGCAUCGGACGCUCAUGGAGGAAUUGUCAGAGGGACACGGCAGACGUCAAGGAACUGAUCCCAGAGUUCUACUACUUGCCUGAGAUGUUUGUCAACAGCAAUGAGUACGAGCUGGGCGUGCGGGAUGACGGACUUCCUGUAUGCGAUGUGGAGCUUCCUGUGUGGGCCAAGAAACCAGAAGACUUUGUCCGCAUCAACCGCAUGGCCCUGGAGAGCGAGUUUGUGUCGUGUCAGCUCCACCAGUGGAUCGACCUGAUCUUCGGCUACAAGCAGCGAGGGCCCGAGGCCGUGCGUGCGCUCAAUGUCUUCAACUUCCUCUCUUACGAGGGCUCCGUCAACCUGGACAUCCUUGAUGCGGCGCAGAGAGAGGUGAUGGAGGUCCAGAUUCAGAUGUGCGGACAGAUCCCCUCGCAGCUCCUCAUAGAGCCACACCCUCCUCGCUCCUCCGCCAUGCACCUGUGUUUCCUUCCUCAGAGUCCUCUGAUGUUUAAGGAUCAGAUGCAACAGGACGUCAUUAUGGUGCUCAAGUUCCCAUCCAACUCGCCCGUCACGCACGUGGCCGCCAACACGCUGCCGCACCUCAGCAUCCCCGCCGCCGUCACCGUCACGUGCAGCCGCCUCUUCGCUGUCAACCGCUGGCACAACACCGUCGGCCUCCGUGGUGCUCCAGGAUAUUCCCUGGAGCAGGCCCACCACCUGCCCAUUGAGAUGGACCCUCUCAUAGCGAACAACUCGGGCACCAACAAGCGUCAGAUCACAGACCUGGUGGACCAGAGCAUCCAGAUCAAUACGCACUGUUUCGUCGUCACCGCCGACAACCGCUACAUCUUGGUGUGCGGCUUCUGGGACAAGAGCUUCCGCGUCUAUUCGACUGAGACCGGGAAGCUGACCCAGAUCGUGUUCGGCCACUGGGAUGUGGUGACCUGUCUGGCCAGGUCCGAGUCAUACAUUGGAGGAGACUGCUACAUUGUGUCGGGCUCCAGAGAUGCCACUCUUCUUCUGUGGUACUGGAGUGGACGCCACCACAUCAUUGGGGACAACCCCAACAACAGUGACUAUCCCGCCCCCCGGGCCGUGCUGACGGGACACGACCAUGAGGUGGUGUGUGUGUCCGUCUGUGCUGAGCUGGGAUUGGUCAUCAGUGGGGCCAAAGAGGGUCCCUGCCUGGUCCACACAAUCACAGGAGACCUCCUGAGGGCCUUGGAGGGUCCUGAGCUGUGCCAGCAGCCUCGACUGAUCUCCGUGUCCAGCGAGGGUCACUGCAUCAUCUACUACGAGCGAGGACGCUUUUGCAACUUCAGCAUCAACGGAAAACUGCUGGCCCAGAUGGAGGUCAACGACUCCACGCGGGCCAUCCUGCUGAGCAGCGACGGGCAGAACCUGGUGACGGGUGGCGACAACGGCGUGGUGGAGGUGUGGCAGGCGUGUGACUUCAAGCAGCUUUACAUCUACCCGGGAUGUGACGCCGGCAUCCGCGCCAUGGACCUCUCCCACGACCAGAGGACCCUGAUCACAGGCAUGGCGUCAGGCAGCAUCGUUGCGUUCAACAUCGACUUUAACCGCUGGCACUACGAACACCAGAACCGCUACUGAGGACCACCAAGCAGGUGUGGGUGGGGGGGUGCCGUAUCUGCCACGUGGGAAGCUCCAGGUACACAGGAGGGGAAGAGGUGGGGGAGGGUGACGGACCUCAGGUUCUAUUUCCUGGCCUGGUGAUUCUGAUGAGACUACUUCCUGUGAGCACACAUGCACACAGGUGUGUAUUCACACACGCACACACAUACACGCACACACACUGAGCCCAAAGACACACACCACCACCACCACUAACAACAACGUGCAGAAUGGCGGCGAGGAGCAACAAGCCCUGCGGGGGUCGCUGUCACUCACAGGCCGGGUUCUGGUUCCGGUUGUGCUUUAAGGCUUCACAGACUUGAUUUGUUUUCUACGAGGCAGACGCUCUUCAUCCUCACUUUGUAAAGAUCUGCGGGUGGCGUCCUUUAUGUUGAUUUUAAGUAGGAUUUUUAUUCUUUUACCCUCUGCAGACUUAGAUUAUGUUUUCAUGUACAUAAGGCUCUGCCUCUUUUCUGUUCUUUAAUUUAUUGACUUGCUGUCUGUAACAUAGUGUGUAAUAUUAAUGAUGAUGACGAUGAUGGCAGUGAGGUAAAGUCCAGGAUGGUGAUCUUUUUUGCCGGAGAUGUUAGCGAGACCUUAGCGCCUGGGUUGAAGACCACGUUUGAUUUAUUCUUUUAUUCUUUGUACAUUUGGUGAUUGUUCUGUCAAAUAUGUACAUAAAGUCUCGGUUCCAGCCCGUUUGGAGACUUAAUCAGCUGACUGACAACCUUCACAUUCGCUCACAUUUGUUGAUUAUUUAAGAAGAAGAAAAAAAUAAAUGUUUGUUUUGUAAUUGCACUUUGCACCAAUCACGUUAUUAUUUAUUAUUAUUAUGAAUUAUUAUUAUUAUUAUUAUUGGCUGGGUUCUGUCCGCCCCGGCCGACAUUUGGGUCCUUUCCCGUCGGCCAGGAUAAACAAUUUGUGCAUUGAUGUUUGUAUUUAACGCUCACGUGUGAUGAAGACGUUUUACAGCAAUAUGACUGUGAGUGUGUAGCUGCGGCCGUGGACGCACACAUGCACAUAACUCUCGCCUCGCCACCGGUCGGUUCAACGUACGCAUCCAAAACCUAUGACGACAAGAAGACGGAAGAAGAAAAAAAAGGUGAAAUAUUUUUGGAUCUAUGAAACCCUUAAAAAAACUAUUGUAUUCAUGUUUUAUUGCAAAGAUGUAAAAUAUGAUGUGUGAGUUGGGAAAAAAAAUCAUGAUAAGAAAAAUAAAUUAUGCAAAGAAUUUCAAGACUUGGCUUUUGUUGGCGUCACCUUUACUUGGCCAGUAGGGGGCGCUUAAUACUAACAAACCUGGACCUGUGUUGUUUUUUUAUUGAUGUUCUAUAAAUACAAUACAUCAAAUUACAUCAAGUGUACUACGGGUGGUGUGGGAGAUUAGUCACAACAGUGCAUGGUAUGCGUGUUGCUGGAGAUGAAAACAUUUGGAUUCGUUGUCGGGAUAGAUUUUGACCCCAAAAUGUGCCAACAAAACGAGCAAAAAAGUAAAAGGACGAUGGGCUGUUUGCUGUAGUAGGAAGGAAAAGCCACAACAGUGCAUGUUAUGCUUAUGGCUCCAAAGUGCCAAAAAAGGUGAUGGGCCAUAUUAGUCACAACACUGCAUGAUAUGCUGUAGGCUUUUUGCCAGUGUAUGGAUCGAUUUUGACCCUAAGUGUGCCAACUUAGACAAGGGAAGUGUAAGAAGAUGGCUGCACGGCGGGGGAGUGGUUAGCGUACAGGCCUCACAGCAGGGACACCCGAAUUCGAUUCCACCCUCGGGCAUCUCGGUGUGGAGUUUGCACGUUCUCCCCG